AUGUCAGAAACUUCAAGCAAAAAACCUCAUAAAAGAUUUAUUGGGAAAGCUGCCGCAACAAAAAAAAGACAAGAAAAUGAUCAAAUAGAUAACAUUGAAGAAACUGAUUCCUCUAAAUCAAAACAAUUGAAUCGAGCUGCAAAACAAAUUCCUUCAGAAAUUUUGGAUGAUUCAUUAUUAAACAAAGCCAUUAAGCAGUUACCUGAUAAUUAUAAUUUCGAAAUUCAUAAAACUAUUUGGAAUAUUCAAAAAUCAAAAUUUCCAGAAGGAUUAUUAAUGUUUGCUUGUACAAUUGCUGAUAUAAUUGAAAGCUUUUGUAAUGUAGAAACUUUGAUUAUGGGUGAUGUUACAUAUGGUGCAUGCUGUGUAGAUGAUUUUACAGCAAAUGCUUUAGGUUGUGAUUAUAUGGUACAUUAUGGACAUAGCUGUCUAGUACCAGUAAAUGUUACUACCAUAAAAACAAUGUAUGUAUUUGUAGAUAUUGGAAUAGAUGUUGAACAUUUUGUAGAAACUGUAAAACUAAAUUUUGAACAAAAUAAGAAAUUAGCUAUUGUUGGAACAAUUCAAUUUACUGCAAAAAUUUUACUAGAGAAAAAUUAUAUUUUGACGGUGCCACAAAUUAAACCUUUAUCUCCAGGCGAGAUUUUAGGGUGUACUUCACCAAUAAUAGGUGAAAAGGAUGCAUUAAUAUAUCUUGGUGAUGGACGAUUUCAUUUAGAAUCUAUUAUGAUAGCCAAUCCAAAUGUACCUGCAUUUCGUUAUGAUCCAUACUCCAAAAAGUUUACAAGAGAAAGAUAUGAUCACAAAGAAAUGCUUAUGUUACGAAAGCAUGCAAUUGAAAUUUCUAAAAAGGCAAAAAAAUAUGGAUUGAUUUUAGGAACUUUGGGAAGACAAGGAAGUUCAAAAGUUUUGGAGCAUUUAGAAGAAAAAAUCAAAUCAAAUAAACUAGAUUAUGUUUGUGUUUUACUCUCAGAGAUAUUUCCUGAUAAAUUAGCACAAUUCCAAGAUAUAGAUGCGUGGAUUCAAAUUGCCUGCCCAAGAUUAUCAAUUGAUUGGGGAUAUGCAUUUUCCAAACCAUUGCUAUCACCAUAUGAAGCAUCAGUAGUAUUAAAUUCAAUUAAUUGGCAAGAAAAUUAUCCUAUGGAUUUUUAUUCUGAUAAUAGCAUGGGACCUUGGACACCUAGGUUUACAAAACCAAAAAAUAUCAAACAACUUGAUCAAAAUUAA